AUCCAUUCUAACCUCGUUUCAUGGAGAAUAAAAAUAGAAACAACGCAUGUACCAAGCGCUGAAAAGUGAAAAUCAUUGACAGCGCUGAUGACCCUUAUAUGUACACAAAUCAUAAUAAUUCUUGCCGUACGGCAAGAUCACAUGUGGCGCGAAUGUGUUAAUUGUGAUAAAAGACGGCCGUGACAAGUCAAUAUUGAUGACAAAAUAGCGGAGUAAAAUUUCUACGCGCGCGAUCGAAACGUAACAUUCAGACUAUCCACAGCAGAAAGAUCUUCGCGAAAAUGAUGCAGCAGGAGUCUACGGUGUACGAUCUGGCAUAUCGCGGUAAAACUGCGGCCGUGAAGAUUCUGCUGAACGAGAAUGAAAGGCUGAAAACGCAAACGGACAACAAUGGUCGAAUGUUGAUACACUGGGCGGCAUUGGGUGGCCACGACGACCUGGUUAGGCAUUUGCUGUCCCUCGACGUACCAGUGGAUCCUACAGAUGAUACAAACAUGACUCCGCUAAUCCUGGCAGCAUCCGCCGGCCGCGAGAAGGUCGUUAACACAUUACUAACCGAGGGAGCAAACGUGAACGCGACGACGAUCGACGGUCACUCGGCGUUACAAUACGCCGCGUCUAAGAACUGGAAGUCCAUCUGCAUGGCGUUACUCGAAAAGGAUGCAGACGUGAACAUCGCAGACAAACGGGGUGCUACGCCUCUCCAUAGAUCUGCCUCGAAAGGCAACAUCGCCAUCGUGGAGCUUCUCAUGGAGUACGGGAAGAAAUUGAACAUAGAUCAGAGAGAUGCAUACGGUAACACGCCGUUACAUCUUGCUUGUGAGGAGAACCGCGUGGAAGAAGCAAAACUGCUGACGGCGCACGGCGCGGACUUGACGAUUACCAACAAGGAGCGCAAGACUCCGUUGGAUCUCGCGAGUCUCGGAUUGGUUCGACAGCUCGAGGAAAUCAAGCGGCAGGCUAUGUCAAAGUGAUAUCAUCUCGCGCGAAAUAUUUUCAUACGAGAGGUUUACGCGGUUUAAGUUUCGUUAAAUAAGUCUCCAAUAAAUUUAUUCAUGAUUAAGAGUUUCCUUCUCUAGAAUUUAUUUCACCCCUUCUCUCACUCACUCUCUUUCUUCCUUAUAGAUAUUGUAUUAUAAAAUGCGGUUUCAACAUUUGCGUUCGUUCUAUAUAAAAUGUAUCAAAAGUCCUCUAUUCGAUUAUUUUCGUUUUCUUUUUCGCUGCUUCGCUUCUCUUAGUUCUUUCUUAUGGAUCGUCGGCACUUUAUCAGUCAAUCGAACUCUCUCGAGACGAUUGUCUCGUCGCAAUAAUCUUAAGGCCGAAAAUGUCGUAGAACAUUGUCACAACGACUUUUGAUUUUAAUCAUGAAGCUGGUCUAAUAUCCGCGACGCGAGAUAUCAGUUUAAUCCGCGUGACGCGCCGAAUCGAACAAAAAAGGCUAACACCCUCGACGCACGUAUAUACAUAAUUCACAGAGGUUCGAGAGCACAUUGGACUGAC